AUUCUCGUACGAAGUUGCUCACUUUACCAAACCGCAAUUUAGUACUUUACUUCUUCUUUACUUUACUAGGAUAAUUAAAAAAGAAAAAAGACGUCUUCGCAUGGUCAUCACUUUCGCUUGAAUUUAACUGUCCAAACGUCCCUCGAAAGAAAGAUUUCAAAUUAUAUAAAUUCGUCUAUUUGUGUUUUUCAAAAAUGUUCAUCUUUUCUAACGAUUGCGCGAAAAAAAAAAAAAGAUGAAACGGAUGAGUCGAUCGAUGAAUGUGCAACUUCUCUCUCUUUUCACAACACGUCCUCUUCACUUUUUUGCUGACACCUUCUCGCAGAAAUGUUUCAGAUAGAAAUCAGUAAUUCGCCAUUGCGAGAUAAAGCGAGAUGAUGCAACAUGUUACACAACCCUUAGAUGAUUUGAUUAACCUGCCCUACUUAGUCGCGCAAUUAGACGUGCAAUCGGUCGGUAAAAGAAUAUUGCACUUCAUUCGCAGAAAAUGGUUCAAAUCGGAGAAACUGAUACGCGUGCCAAUUUUCCUAAAAACCCAAUACGCUUUCUCCCACGUGGUGUUCUUUAUAAGUGGUAAUGCAACAUCUUUAUACACGGAUCACAGGAUUGUAACGAUCAGCCCGAGCAACGAUCCCGAGCAAACAGUUUUUCCAAAUAAUCGGAUUGUCUCCAAAAAAUACACACUAUGGAACUUUGUACCAAAGAAUCUCUUUGAGCAGUUCAGACGGAUUGCGAACUUUUAUUUUCUCAUAAUGACGAUAAUAUCUGUGAUGAUAACAUCUCCAAUUUCUCCUUUGACCAGCGUUCUCCCUUUAAGUUUCGUCAUAUUAGUAACCGCGUGCAAACAAGGCUACGAAGACUAUAAUCGUUACAUGGCAGACAAACGAGUAAACCGAACAUUCGUCAAAGUCAUUCGCAACAAGUGCGUACAGAAUAUACAUUGUGAAGAAAUAGUAGUCGGAGAUCUAGUGAAGGUAUAUCGCGAGCAAGAUGUUCCUUGCGAUCUCCUGCUCCUCUUUAGCACAGAAGACACAAAACGUUGCUACAUCACUACAUCGAAUCUCGAUGGUGAAACCAAUUUAAAGAGCGUGAUGGUCCCAAAGAUACUGUCAAAAAUGACUAUGUCGCAAAUAGUAUCCAUGGAGGCUACUGUUACCUGCCAACAUCCCUCAUCCGAUCUUUAUAAAUUUCAUGGCAAGCUGGAAAUAAACAACAAAAGCAACGAAGUAAUCAAUGGAUAUCUGACGAUUAAUAAUUUGUUACUUCGUGGAUCCAGAUUGAAAGAUACAGAUCAUAUCAUCGGCUGCGCGAUUUACACCGGUCACGAUACGAAGCUGUCUCUCAAUUCCAAGAUAAGAAGCAACAAAUUUUCCACAGCUGAGAAGUCAAUCAACAAACACAUCGCCAUGUUUAUCGUGUUAUUGCUGGUCGAAGUAAUAGAAUCCUGUAUGAUGAAAAUUAUAUCGGAUGCGAAAGAGAAAUGGGAAGUGUAUCUUGCGAUUAAAGAAACCAUUACGUUCAAAUCGCUGGCUACGGAUUUCUUGAGCUUCACCAUUUUGUACAAUUACAUUGUGCCGAUAUCGCUAUACGUUACCAUAGAAUUACAAAAAUUUCUCGGUUCGUUUUUCUUCGUCUGGGACAUUGACAUGUACGACGAAGUCACGAAUCAGUCGGCGUUGAUUAACACGUCAGAUCUAAACGAGGAGCUUGGUCAAGUAGAGUACUUGUUCACGGACAAGACCGGCACGCUCACCGAAAAUCUGAUGGUGUUUAGACGAGCCUCGAUCAAUGGGAAAGUUUACACAGAAAAAGAUUGCGAUGGGAAUUUAUAUCUACUGCCUUCUAACGGAGAUGAGAAUGAAGCAGUCAAGUUAGAAUCCUGGGAGCCAGACAUUUGGCAUUUUAUGAUAAGCAUCUCUUUGUGCCACUCGGUUCAAAUCUCACCACCGAGUCAAAAAUCCAACAUUAUCCGCAGACGCACGGAAUACCGUGAAAGCUUCAAACAAAAGAGGAUCCUGCAACUGAAUAGUUCUCUGCUAAUGGAUCCUGAUUUACCGGAAUACCAGGCAGCAUCAGCAGAUGAAAAGGCUUUGGUCGAAGCCAGUGCCAGAUGCGGAGUCGUUUUCCACAAAAGCACCACCGAUAUAAUAGAGUUGAGAAUCGACGACAAUAUAUUGACUUUCGAAAAGCUCGAAGUUUUGGAAUUCACAUCCGAACGUAAAAGAAUGUCGGUGAUAGUAAAAGACACGGCUGGAGAUUUCUGGUUAUACUGCAAGGGUGCCGACUCCGCUAUGUUCCCACUAAUUGUCUCGGGGAACAUCAACGAAGCAAUUACACACGUAGCCGAUUUCUCUAUGAGAGGUCUUCGAACCCUCGUUGUUGGGUACAAGAGAAUGAAUCAAAUUGAAUAUGAUCAGCUGCUGCAGAAAGUGGAACAAGCUAGACAAAUAAUUGGAAUCGAACGAGCAAUAUACAUGGAACGAGCUUAUAACCAGAUGGAAAACGGCCUCACUUUAUUAGGCGUAACUGGUAUCGAGGAUCGACUUCAAGAAGGUGUACCGGAAACGCUAGAGUGCUUGCAAGUAGCUGGCAUUAAAGUGUGGGUGCUGACUGGCGACAAAGCAGAAACUGCAGAAAAUAUAGCAUUUCUCUGCGGUCAAUUCAAGAGUGGUACUGAGAUACUAAGAUUCUUAGAAAUAAUCUCAGACCAAGUUUGCUCGCUCAAACUUAUGGAUUUUGAGCGAAGAAUAAAGCUUGAACCUAACAGACAGUAUGGAUUGUUAGUCGAUGGAUACAGUAUUGCAACUGCGCUAAAGAAUCAUGCGGCACAAUUCAGAUCAAUUGCAAUGUCCUGCGAUGCAGUUGUUUGCAGCAGGCUAACACCAUUACAGAAGAGUCAAAUUGUAAGUCUGGUCAAAAAUGGAAAAAAUGGACCACAUACCGCCGCUAUUGGCGACGGAGGAAACGAUGUCUCGAUGAUACAGGAAGCUCACAUUGGAAUCGGAAUAAUGGGCAAGGAAGGUCGACAAGCGACAAUGUGCUCCGAUUUUGCAAUAGCAAGAUUUAAGUUUUUAAAGAAAGCUUUACUGGUGCAUGGCCAUUGGUACUAUGUUAGAAUCAGCACGCUGACACAGUUUUUUUUUUACAAGAAUUUUAUCUUCAUUACGCCACAAGUGUUAUAUAACACGUAUACAGGUUUUUCUGCGCAGCCAUUUUACGAUGCCUUGUUCUUUAUGCUUUACAAUGUAAUAUUCACAUCUAUGCCAAUAUUGGUUUAUGGAUUGUUUGAACAAAAUUUCACAGCUGACAAAUUAUUACGCAAACCGUAUUUGUACAAAUUGCAUCGACGCAAUUAUUUAUUAACCAGAUGGCAAUUUUUGUUAUGGACUGCUCUAGCUUUAUGGCAUAGUCUUAUCAUAUAUUAUAUGUCACAUAUGUAUAUAUCCAUCAAUCCUGUUACGUUGUAUAAUAACACACCGGUAGACCAAUGGACAUUCGGUACAUACGUUUUUCAUUUAGUUACAUUAGUGGCCAAUUUACAGGUACUACUGCGUAGUUGCUACUGGACACUACCGCUCAUAUUAAUAGUAACAUUAUCAGAACUAACGUUCAUUGCAUUUACUCUUUUUUAUUCCUUCGUUCCCACAAGGUACGACGGCGAUAUGUUAAGGGUCUUUCCGAUGUUAAUAUUGUCGAUGACGUUCUGGUUAUUAACUAUCAUGAUUGUCAUUGUUUGUUUAAUUCCCGAUUGUUUGGUUAUUGUAUACAACAAGUACAGGCCUGCUCGCGUGCUGAGAAGAAACGAAGAACCGCGACAGCACAUUAUCAGUAACAAUGUCAACGAUGACACAGAAAAUAGGGAACGCCUUCCUAAUAUAAUGCCAUGGAAAUUCUCCUUCAUACCGCGGAAACCCAAAUGAAGUGGAACCAGAUUGGAAAACUUCGAUUCAAAUCACAUUAACAAAUUGUUCCUUGUAUCAUACAAAACGUAAGUCGUUUAUUAAUUUAUCAUUCGUUCGCUGGAUGGAUAUAUAAAUAUUUAUCAUUAACUAUCAUCCAUCUCCCACUUGUUCCUUAGUGCCAAAUUGACACAAUAUCAUACCUAUUAUAUAAUACAAUAUAUUAUAUAUCUGUUAUAUAUAAUAUCUCUAAUAUCAAUACGUACAAUGAAAAGAGUAAUUAAAUUUGCAAAAUCUUUUAUUUUCGUUACUUUAUCUUCUCUAGUUUUGUCCAUAUUAUGAUCAUUUAUUUUAGAUUUGUUAGAAUUAUAUUCAAAACCGAAGAUAGCUACACGUAUUUUCAAAUAUAAUUAAAUCCAUAAUUGUGAUAUAAUAAUUAAAAGGCAAUAAACUGCCUAUCAAAGAAUUUAAAAGCAAAAUAUUAGUUAAACAGUAUAUUUUGUUAUCAAAAAUGUCAAAAAUAUAUGCUAUACAUUAGACAAAUAUAUGUCACCGAGUCUCAUCUCUGUAUCUGUACUUACAUGCUGCAAAAUAAUGUAAUAUUUUAUGAGAAAAAUUUGUCAAAUUGACACAAAGAACGAAUGAGAGUUAAACUCUUACUGAGUUGUAGUAAACGCACUAGUAAAAUUAUGUUUACAAUUUCUUAAUUGAAAUAAUGGAUUAUUGUUGUAACUCGGGAGAAAAAUUAUGACAUUUUUCAAGAUCUAUUUAUAACAUGUGCAUUCUAUAUUAUAUAUUGUAUAAAUAUUAUAACUGCAGCGUAUUGGUAACGUUAUCUUUUUAAACGACUUGAAUUCGGAAAUUAAGGAAUCGCCUUUCAAGCUGCAAAUUUACUUACACGAUAAUUCAAAAGUGAUUCUUUGACUACUUCGAAUGGUAUAAUUUACUUUACUAAAAAUAUAAUGCGUAUGCUGUUGUAAAAUUCAAAAUACCAAAAAAUGAUUGUAAAUAUCAUUUUAUAUAACAAGUCUUAGAAACAAUUAAUUACAAAUUAAUAUAAAGUACAACUGUAAGAUAAGAAUACGUACUUUUGUAUUUUGUGACUGAAAUACGUGUAGCUGAUUCAUAAAUCAUUUAUUGUAAAUAAUUUCGUAAAAAAAAAAUAGAUAAUUAAAUCAUCGAAAAGUGUAGAAUGUCAUGGCACAUGGUAAAUUUUAAAUUGGAGGAAAUUACAAGGGAUUUUAAUGGACUUUAAUAAAGGAUUUUAAUAAACUUUUGUAUAAUGGCAUAAGGACUCCAUAUGUAUAAAGUAUUACUUGCAAGUUGAUAAUUUUAGAGAUAUGAACAACUAAAGUUACAUGUUUAAUGACAUAGUAUGUAUAUAAUUAAAUAUCAUGAAAAUUGGUAGAAAAAAAGUGAGAAAAAGGUACUAAUACAUGCUAUUUUAAAUAGUAAUACUUCCAUAGUUCAGAUAGUACAAAUUUAAUAGUUCAAAUAGUACAUUUUAAAUAGGGACUAUAUUUUGACAAAUGAAAUAUUUUUUUUUUUUUUGAUAACAUUAAACAUAAAUAUAAUAUUUUAAUUUUGUACUUUAAAUAUUUGAAAUGUUUCUUGAUAUUUAUCUUGAUAAUUAUUAUGGAAAUUUUUCCAUCAAUCAAUGAUGCACAAAUGACAGAAGUAUUAAAGAUUUGAUUUCCUCUUUUCUCUCUCUUUGUGUCUGUACAUUCUACAACGUAUAAGAAGCAAUUUUAACAAUUUUAAUGCGUAUAAGCUUAAAUAACCCGCCCACUGGUAGCCAUAGUUUGAAACCAGUCAAUUCUGCAGUUUUGCGAGGAGAAUAUGUCAAUAUCCAGCAACGUGUUUCCGACGUUACAACGUUUUGGUGUU